AUGGGUAUCUGCGCUUCGUGCCUGGGCGGUAAUCGCCAGGACGCGCAUUACCUCGGUCUGAUGCGGGAGGCGUGGAAUUUGUGUCUCAAGGAGCAUUGUGCUGACAAGUAUCACUUUAAGCCGGAGUCUUCGCGCUUGCUGGAUGAGGAUCCUUACCAAGCGGGCUACAAUUAUGGCUCGCUUCAUACGCAGCAGGCCAACCAGCCGGAUCCGGAAUAUGUGAGGCGUGAGCGGGAGGCGCUGGAUGCUAUCUGCCAGCGCACUUCAGACUCCGUCAUUGAUAUCUGGUCGCUCCAACCUCAACCACACCUCCAACCCCAGGCCACCCUCCCCGGCCCAAUCUCUGCAGCAAACUCUCCCACUCCAUCUCGCGAGAAUGCAGCCCUCACGGUAUCUACCACCGACAAGGAUACCAAGCGUCCCACCUCAGGCAACACCGCCCCGAAGCACUGGGGCGAAGUAGUAGUCAACACCAACAAGAAGCGCUCUCGCCCCGACCUCAAGGACGACGGAAAUGCAACCCGCGACGUCUUUGGUGUUCUCAAGGUCACCUAAGCUUGGCCAAAGAUUUGACAAGCUAGUUCCUCUUCUCGCAUGAUCAUGAUAUCAACGACCAGCACAACGAAGAGGACCAGGACGGGGUACGAUGACGAGUAUGAGAAGGGAAGAAUCCGCACAUUUUCAUAUGACUUUCGAGUCUGCACUACAGUACACUACAGUGUCACCCCCUUGUAUUUUUCUUACACUCAUUGUUUAUUGCCCUUUCUUUGUUUCUUUUGCAUGGAUCGCAGGCCGACUGUUUUCUUUCCCGUUUUACGUAGCCCACUCUCUCUUGACCUUUCCUUGUUUCAUUAGUCUGUUAAUACCCACGGUGCAAACUGUUUCAAUCAUUCGAUCUCAUUAUUCUCUUUUUGAGUUUCGGUCUCAAUUUCUUUUCUUGUUGUAAUGGUAUUCUUUUUGUCGGGGCUUGGCGCUGGGGUCCUAUUCUUUGGAUAGCAUUACAGGGCAUUUAUAACCUGGG